UCGAACGAGACGAGAACGUGAACGCACGUGUUGCGAGUGUUAACGAACAUGGAACAUUAUCGUGACGAAAAUUAUGCAAUGUGAAAUUUAUUUUUAUCGUGUUUUUAGUUUUACUAGCUUAUUUAAAUAAGUCACAUCUGUAUCCUAUCACAAUAAAUAUUGCAGUAAUCAAUAAACUUAAGCUUUUGCUUAAUUUUCAAAGCUAAAAUGAAUUCAAUGUAUACAUUGCUUAACGGCACAGUUAAUAAAAAUUUGUCUCAACAUAAACUUAAGCUAUACUUUAAUCUAUUUAGAAAUUAUUCCUCACGAGAAUUUCUUAACGAUGUUUAUUCUCGGACUAAGCUAAAGUGUAAAUCCAAGAAACUCCCACAAGAUGUUAAUCCUAAAGGCGUGUUUGCAUGCAAUGAAUUAGAUUUAUCAGAAGUUAAAGUGUAUGGAUUCGAUUAUGAUUAUACUCUAGCCCACUACAAACCAUCUUUAGAACAUUUAUUAUACAACCUUGGAAGGAAUAUGCUUUUAGAAAAGUAUAAGUAUCCAGCUGAAAUUUCAAAAUUGGAAUAUAAACCACACUUUGCUGUAAGAGGAUUGCAUUAUGACAUAGAAAAGGGGCUGCUGUUAAAAUUGGAUUCAUUUCUACAAAUCCAGUUUGGUGCAGUUUACAGAGGAUUAACUCCGGUAUCAACUGAGGAAGUGCUUAAAAUAUACAAGAACAGAAUAAUACCAAUUGCAUAUGUAGAGGGUGACAAUAGAGCGCAUAAAGAGAACCGUGCAAAGAUGGUGCACUUAGCGGAUCUGUUUUCCGUACCAGAAAUGGGACUGCUUUGUAAUGUCGCCGAAUAUUUUAUUAGAAACCAUAUAGAUUAUCAUCCUGAAAUCCUCUUCUUGGAUGUAAAGAAUUCAGUGCAAAGCUGUCAUCCAAUAAUGCAUAAGAUUGUAGCUCAAAAUGUGGAUGAAUACAUUCGGCCCAAUUCAGAUUUAAAAAAAUAUUUUCAACUACUAAGGGACCAUGAUAAAAAAUUGUUCCUUGUAACAAACAGUCCUUAUCAUUUUGUUAACGCCGGCAUGGAGAUGUUAGUGGGUUCAGAUUGGAGAGAUUACUUCGACGUUGUGAUAGUAAACGCGAACAAACCUAAAUUCUUCACUGAAGUGUCUCGACCUAUACGUGUUUUCGACAAGAAUGCCAACACUCAUAUCUGGGAGAAAGUCACAUCUCUGGAAAAAGGCAUUAUUUAUUAUGAGGGCACGGUGAAGCAGCUGCAGGAGCUGACGGGAUGGUGCGGUCACCAGGUGCUGUACUUCGGCGACCAUCCCUACAGCGACCUCGCCGACGUCACGCUGGAACACGGCUGGCGCACCGGGGCCAUCAUCAAUGAACUUACACACGAAAUAAAGACGCUGAACACGCAGACCUUCAAGGAGAAUGCCAACUGGCUACAGAUGUUGACGCAGAUCAUAGAAGACCAUCAAGACCACAAAGAACCUGAAGCUGUGGAGGUCAUAGCACAGUGGAUGGCAGAGCGGGACCAGCUCAGGAACGAUACAAAAUCGGUAUUCAACAAGCAGUUCGGCAGCGUGUUCCGCACUUAUCACAAUCCAACGUAUUUCUCUAGACGUUUGUUUAGAUUUGCAGAUAUUUAUACAUCAAAUAUAAGGAAUCUUCUCAACUACUCAUUGACUCAUACAUUUUAUCCCAGGCGAGGUGUCAUGCCGCACGAAUAUGGAUCUUAUUUCGUUUGAACAAGCUAUAUUAUAGGUUUUUCUAUUUCUAAUUUGAAUUAUU